UAUCUAGCUGUAUGUGACUCGCUCCACGAGUUACCGGCUGCACCGCCGCUACUUGUCCGGCAGUGGGCGCCGUGGACACCGACGCACAGGGCUGAACGUUUCGGUCACGGCUAGUAGGGUAGGGUAUGAGCGACUACGCGGAGUUUGACGGAGUCCGAGGAGAACCGUCGACACAGAUUGAUAGGAUGGACGAACUAAAGCACCAAGUUAUGAUAAACCAGUUUGUUCUGAUAGCUGGAUGCGCGUCAGAUCAAGCCAAGCAGCUUCUACAAGCGGCGCACUGGCAGUUCGAGACUGCCCUCAGCGCCUUCUUCCAGGAAGCUAACAUUCCCUACAGCCAUCAAAUGAUGUGCACUCCUGCUAACACCCCAGCGACUCCUCCCAACUUCCCAGAUGCGCUAGCCAUGUUCUCCCGUCUGCGAGCGUCCGAAAGUUUUGGCAGCAGUAGCAGCCCCAUCGCAUCCAUGGCUACCUCGCCACCUUCUUACGUCAACUGGGCCAUGGGCCCUGCGGCUGCUGCCGGGCAGCAGGGCCUGUGGACGGCCGCUCAGCUCCCUUCACAGGCCGCCACACCAAACUGGCCAGCGGCUGUCACCCAGCAAGCCUCCUCCGAGCAGCCCAGCCUGGCCAUGGAGGCAGAGAGAUGAGGAGCUGCUCCCAUUGGCCCUCGGACCACACAGGAUGAGGAGCACCGUCUGCUCUGUUGAUGAAUCUGACUGUGCGAUACAGCCUGGAGGAGGAUUAAGAUGGAUCGGUGAGGACAGAACACUGAAAGACUGGAAAAUAUGGAGGAU